GUUUUUUUGUAUAACCGAUAACGCAAAAUUUUCAAAUACCGAUUAAAAAAUAUUAUGUAUCUUAAAACUUAAAAUUUCGAGCUGCUACUUGCUGUCUAAUUUGUAUGUAGGUUAGGUAGGCAUACACUUAAUCAAAAAAACAUCGUUAACAUGGCCAAAGUAAUUGGUUUUUUAAAAACGAUAAAAAAUAACUGGAAGAAAUCUGUUUUUUUUACUGCUGUUUUAUCAUAUGGUGGAAAAUAUGCGAAAGAAAAAUAUGAAACACAUUUGUUUAUGACAGAAUGCUGUAAAAAAGUUGCCGCUUAUGGAGAUAUUCCUAUUUCUGCAGAUCAAAAGCCAAAAAAAGUGACUGUUAUAUUAAAUCCUGCAGCAAACAAAAGGAAUGCUAAAGCAGAUUUUGAAAAAUACUGUGCGCCAUUGUUACAUUUAGCAGGAUAUUCAGUAACUGUGUUGGUAACUGAACGUGAAGGAGGGGCAAGAAGUAUAGUAGAAAAUUUGAUAGGUGAAACUGAUGCCUUAAUUGUAGCGGGUGGUGAUGGUACUUUGUCUGAGGUAGUUACUGGAUUACUAAGACGGUUAAAAGGAGAUACUUCUUUGACAGUGCAUUUACCAAUUGGAAUAUUACCUCUUGGUCGCACAAAUAAUGUUGCUCAAAAGUUGCUGCAGCCUCAAGAUGAAAACUUUGUACAUUUUCUUACCAAUGCGACUUUGGCUAUUAUUCAAGAAGUUAACACUUCCCAUCCGGUUGUAAAAAUUGAGAAUUUAGAAAGUAAAAAUCCAGAAAAAUGUGUUUAUGCGCUAAAUAGUAUUGAGUGGGGUGCUUUAAGAGAAGCUAAAGUUGCACGUGAUAAAUAUUGGUACUUCGGAAAACUCAGAGACUUGGCACCAUUCACGUUUGGCAAGAAAUUGUUAAACGAUUUGAUAGAUGUAGAAUUAGAGUACAGUCCACCGUGUUCUGGUUGUAGUAUCUGCUACAGAAAAUACAUUAAUCUACCUAAUAAAUCAUCAGGCAUAUUGUCCUGGAUUGCUUCACUUUUUGUAUUUACUCGAAGUUCUGCAGUUGGAGUAGAUUACUCAAAAGUAAUAAAUACAGAAUGUAAUAAAUAUACUAAAAUGUCCAUUAAAUCUUUAAAUGUUAAUAUCAACUUGGAUAUGGAACACUCACCAGCAUUAAAAAUAAGUAUUGGCCCUGAAGAACUUUCCUACGUUGACUUUGUCAAGGAAGGUUAUUUGAAAUUAAAAGGAGAACCAAGCCAAGUACAAAAUUCUAUUGUGGAAGCUAAAGAAAUAAUAUUAUCACCUAAUUCAUACGAGGAUAAAUGGCUUUCAAUUGACAAUGAGGAUUAUGAAGUCAAGCCCAUGAAGCUAACAUUAUUGCCAAAUUCUAUUUAUUUAUUUUGUCCAGAAAAAUCAGGAGUUUUAAAUCUGACAAAAAGAGAUGAAGGUCCAAAAUUAUCUUUAGAUAAGUUUAAUAAACAUAUAGGGUUAAAACAAUUAGCUUAAAUAAGUAAAUAUUCCUAAAUUUGUGUAUCUUGUAUAAGUAUAAUUUAUACUUUAUAUUUUUGUUAAUUACAAUAUUUAGCUUAUAAAAACAAA